AUGCAAAAACACGAGUAAAACAACGAUGUUGUUGGACUAGGAAUAGGAAACCCUGGUUUAGUUUGUGUUGAGCGUUUGCGCAGUUUGAAGAAGGUGAAGUCAACACAAGACAAGAGUUAGAGAAGAGAUUGUAUUUUGUUGUUCUGUUCUUUGCCAUGUCGGCGUCGGAGUCGGAGAUUCUUCGGGAACUCGAUUCACUGAAGGAGGCAAAGACCGCUAUCGACAGCAAAAUCUCUGCGCUUGAAGAUCAACUCAAACAGAUUCAUCUCCGAAACGACGCCGCAUCAAAUGGUUCUUCUUCUUCUUCUUCUUCUUCACCGUACUCAACCAAUGGAUUGACGCAGGACAUGAUUCACAGAUACAGUCGUCACCUCAUGCUUCCUUCCUUUGGUGUUCAAGGGCAGGCAAAUCUAUUGAAGUCAUCAAUUUUAGUUGUGGGAGCUGGAGGAUUAGGUGCUCCUGCAUUGUUAUACAUUGCAGCUUCUGGUGUUGGGCGCUUGGGAAUUGUUGAUCAUGAUGUGGUUGAGCUCAAUAAUAUGCAUAGGCAGGUUAUCCACACGGAAGCGUAUGUUGGUAAGCCGAAAGUUGAAUCUGCUGCUGCUGCCUGUCGCUCGAUCAACUCCACUAUUCAAGUUGUGGAACAUCAAGAAGCUUUGCGGACUUCCAAUGCUUUGGAAAUUCUUAGCAAAUAUGAUAUAAUAAUAGAUGCAACAGAUAAUGCUCCUACCCGAUACAUGAUCAGUGAUUGCUGUGUGGUUCUAGGAAAGCCUCUUGUAUCAGGAGCUGCAUUGGGAUUGGAAGGGCAGCUCACUGUCUACAAUUACAAUGGUGGUCCUUGCUAUCGAUGCCUCUUUCCAAUUCCACCACCUAGAACAGCUUGCCAAAGUUGUGCUGACGGUGGAGUUCUAGGAGUAGUUCCUGGUAUAAUUGGCUGUCUUCAAGCUCUUGAGGCAAUUAAAAUUGCAGCUUCUGUUGGUGAACCACUCUCGGGAAGGAUGCUUCUCUUGGAUGCAUUGUCUGGACGGAUUCGUAUUGUCAAAAUUAGAGGAAGGUCUAUGCACUGUGAAGCUUGUGGAGAAAAUGCAACAUUUACCCAGCAGCAAUUCCGAGAAUUUGAUUAUGAGAAGUUCACUCAGACUCCGUUGUGUGUGGCUCCUGUGAAGUUAAAUCUGCUUCCCAGUGAAUCAAGAAUCAGCAGCAAGGAGUACAGUGAAAUAAUUCUCAAGAAGGAACCACAUGUGCUGGUUGAUGUUAGACCAGCUCACCAUUUCAAGAUUGUAUCUCUACCGAAGUCCCUGAACAUUCCCCUGUCAACAUUAGAGGCUAGGUUGCCUGAAGUAUCAUCAGCUUUGAAGAAAGAGGAAGAGGACAGCGGUGUGGUUUCUGGAUCAAGUGCACAAUUGUAUGUAGUAUGCAGAAGGGGAAAUGAUUCUCAAAGGGCUGUUCAGUAUCUUCACAAAUUGGGUUUCACUUCUGCUAAGGAUAUCGUUGGGGGCAUAGAAUCAUGGGCCCACAAUGUGGAUCCUAAGUUCCCUACAUAUUAGAAAACUAGUUUGUCCAAAAAAAAAAAAAAAAGAAGACUAUUGAUAUACCUUAAUCAAGUUAUACUCCUGACAUGAAAUUAUUUCUUUUGAUAUUUUAUCAGUGAUGAGCCUUUCAUUUUCCACA